CACACACACAUACAGAGGGAGGGAGAGAGGGAGUAGAAACUGUUAAAACGUGUGUGUUCGCUCUAUCCAGUCUCAGCAUCGCUCAGUUUGUGCAGGAGGCUGCAGCUCAGGAUCCCCACUCCAGAUAUGAUCUACACACUUCCCAGCAGCCGCUUCUCACCAAGCUGGGAUCCCUUCAUGCGUUUGCAUGGACGUUAACAGCCUGCUGCAUGCUUAUGGAUAUCUCAUACCUCAACUGAUCUGACUCAAACCCGGGAUUGGUUCAAGAAAGGACACAAAAAGAGAGAGGGACUCCAAGUGGAUUCCAGGAGGUUUCUAUUUUUCUUUUCUUUUUUUCUCUCUCUUUUUUGGAAGCUGCAGCUCAGCCUGUGUUGGACAUGGGACCGUGCGUAAGUAGAGAGGGAUCCUGUGUCGGUGGAAGAGCAUCUUCCUGAAGGAGGAGAAGCCCGCGUGCAGGAGUUUUUUUCUAUAGUUUUGGGGCUUUUUAUACCGGGGAGGGGGCGCUGGGGGGUUUUACGCGCCGGAAUGAUGCGUCCCAACCGCGGCUUCAUCCUGCUACUCCUCAACGGAACCGCUUGUUUGGUAAGAAAAUGAAAAGUCACAGUGCAGUGUUCGUGCAUUUUUAUUCUAAAAGACCUCUUUUGUCACCCAUGCAACACCUUGCACCUGCGCCACCAGGAAUAACACCAGCGCCUGCAGCCAAUUUGCGUCACCAAACUUCUAAACUCGCACAUAUAAGUCGUGUUAAAAUGUGUGCACAGGCAUGCAUCCUGCGGUCACUGACAGAUGUAACGACAUUGAUCACAAAAAGAUGAAUGACAGGACAUGCAGGUCGUGUGUAUGUCUCGCAGAGAUGCAGAUCGUCUGCUGCGUUUUAAAGCAUUUCUGAAAACAUUUCUGAAAUUCCAGCCACAGUGUAGGGUUAUAGAGCCAUGAUCGGUCACUUGCAUCCUGCUCGGCUCAGGUACGGCAAGUUGUACUAUCACUAUUCCCAGCGGACACUCGUGCAGGCAAUGUGCUUUACGCGUGGUGCCGCCAGUGUCCGUCACCAGCGUUCUUGCUCUUUGCGUAGUUUGUGCCACAUCGGAGUGACAUUUAAUAUUCAUUCGACUUUAUUUGGAUCACAUAAAGAAAUUCAAGUGUAUGUUAAAAGUUUUCAUUUCAGUGACACUUUCAGGGCAAGUAGUAAAUGUAAGUUUAAGUCAACUCCACUUUUGGCCAAAGACGGGAAAAAAACAGCAAAAUGAAACCAACGACUACUGCAUUUUAGGGAAAAAAGUCAGUGCUCUGAGAGGGUUUCAAGAAAUUGUUGAAGCUUGUGUCAGGGUGCCAACUGAAGGCUGUACUUUUUAAAAUUAGACAACGAACAAUAUAUUUAUUUAUCUUGUCCCCUGAAACAAAAGGGCAAAGGAUGUGCUUUAUAAAGACAAAAAAUGAGCUUUUAUUUUGGGGUCUCUUGUGCUGAUGGUUCUCAUCCAUAUUCAGAUCUGAUCAAAUACAGUAUCCGUACAGUUUUUAAUGAGAAGAUCUUAAAUUAAGUAACACCUCUCAUCAGAAUAAUCACUGUCUGUGUUCAUAAUGAGAUAAUGUUCAUUAAAGUAAGGCUGGAAAGUUAUCUCAGGGAGUCUUGGCACCUUCCUCAGGCCUCUCACUGACCCAUAACACCAGAUGUCGAGCUGUUUCUCGACUUUUAACGAAGACUUCCAGCAUUACAUAACCAUACAAUCAGAUUUGGAUCAGCCGCUCCUCUUUCAUGUUUGCCUGCAGUUUUAUUAAAAAGCAGCUUUUAAUGAGAGAUCAGCUUUUGAUUCACAGGAGAGAAAAACUGGAACAUCCUUCUGCUCUGCUCAGAAAGCCCUGCAGGGCUGAGUAUCACAAGAGCCUAGCUCCAAAAAAGAGACAAAUUCAAACAAAGUUACGAGCACAGUCAGAGGAAGUAUUCAAGUGUGGUCGAGUGCUUGUUUGAUGCACCUGAUUGUGUCUGCAUCCCGCCAAGGACGACCUUAUGCUUUUCAUAUUACACUACUAUUGAGGUAAAGUAAUGGCCCUUUGGAGAGUGAAAGACUAAACACACACCGAUUUAUUUGGCUGAGACGGAGCUGUUUGAACAGAUCUGUGAGGGGAGAAGAGACCACACGCUGGUUUCAAAUAUGGGGGGAUGAGCGCCUUUUCAGCCGUUGUAUAACUAGAUACAAGAGUGUGGGAUAAUAGGCUUAACACACACUCUUGUGUUGUCUGGGAGCAUUUUUAUAUGCUGCAGGCCUGCUGCCUAUUGUAACUCACAAGGUCUGUGCCUAAUGAUAAUGAAAUUAAUUGGGGUUUUCUCUCCCUCUGCAGACCAUGCAUCUCCGAAAAAAACCCUACAUGUCCUCCCUCAGCAGGAGAUUCUGGGUAAUUCAUUAGCCCCCGUGACAUAGAUAUAUUACACAGCAAUUAAUAAAUUGAGCUACUUUUCUAUUAUUGAACAGAGAUGUGAUUAAUAAUCAAACGAGUUUACAAUGUAUUAAAAUCCAAUCUGGAGGAUUUUUGGUGAUAGAGGAGGCCUCAGGUCUGGAGGGGCCUCAUCCCAAUGACUCCUGUUUGCCACUCCUCCUGUUAUUCAUUUGAUGAAUGACGUGUUUCAGAUGUUCAUUACUGAGACAUGACUAAUAUCAAGCCUCUCUAUUGUAUUAUUGACUGCUUGAGAAUUAUGCUUACUACCGACGAAGGUCUGUUUUUUUUUUUUUUUUUCCAUCUGUAUAAGCCGCAUUUGUUUGAGGAAACAGCCGAAUAUUCAGAUGGAUAGUUGAUGCUUAAUAUGCUGUCACUGUGCCAUCAGUUAGCAAAAAGGGCCACUUGAAACCAUCAUUUUCCUAGCUGAUCAAUCUUCUUACUAAAUGUGCAGAUAGAUUUUUCAGCAUGUAUGAAUGUAAGAAACAGCUGGAGUUUAGAUGCUUUAAAAAGCGGCAAAGUGUCACUUUUCAGAAUCUGUAAUUAUGGUCUCUUUGACAGGUGACCAAACUAUAAUGCCUCUGUUUUAUAUGUGUAUGGUGUUAGCUUAACACCGGUAGGGUAAAAUGAGCCCACAGUACAUGCAGAGGAGAGGCAGGUGCCUAUAUGAGAUAAGUUGACACAUUGGAAACAGACAGAGCAGGUGCAGAGAGGUGUGACAGCAAAGCAAAUGAGAGCGAGUGAGGUAAAGAUGGAGCCGAUAAAGAGCUAAAAAAAGACAGAAGUUAAACAUCUGCCUCAUUGACAGUCAUGACAGAUUCUUUUUGCCUUUUGCUCAAAAACAGCCAAGAAAAUACACUUAAUCCACACAUAAUUACAACAGCAGGAGCAAAGGAUUGGCAAUCUGAAGACUUCUUAAAGCAGUGCGGCAAAGGAAAACGUAACAAUUGGAAUAACUGACAAAGAAGGGAGAAUGAAAUCAAAUGACCCUGGACAGGGCGGUGAACUUAUCUGCUCCAUUGAGCUGCACUUUCUCCUCCCUGCAAUUACACCAAAUCAUUCCACUCCAGCUCCGAGUAAAUGUUUGCUCUUCAUCAACACGUCUGACCAAAGUGCUGCUUCAAAUUUCAGGAAUACAAACGAACAGGGAGGCAUGAAUGUUCGUGCUUAACACUGAAGUGCUCUCUUUUACUUUUUUCUGGCCUUGCUAGCGUGUAACCUUCAUGUGCAAGCGAGGCCCACGGGAAUUUUCUAGAGGGGAUGAGACCUCAGGUAGCCUCAGCACGGCCGUGAGAGACAGGGUGGCUUUUAUAAUCCCUGUGAUUUUUUUUUUUUUCCCUUGUCUGCACAGACGCAGGCAUGGUCAUCAAACUUGAUAGGUGGAUUUCACUUCAGCUGCUUUUUUCUUGGAAGAGAUUUCAUACGUACUCCACGGUUUUCUUUCCUGUGAAAAAAAGAAAACACGUGACUGACUUGUGCAAAACAGCAUCAAAAGUUAAGCCAAACUUUUACCACCACCCUUCAGGUGACUUUGCUACCAGCAAGGAAAGACAUACUCACUUAACAUGACAUGUCAAUUAAAACAAAAAAAAGCUCAGAGACUUAGGAAACAAAAAGCAUUACAAGUACAUAACUGUUCAGUUCAUCACUGUACCAAGAUCAAACUGAGUAUGAGUGUUAGAUUACAAAAACAGUGAUUAUUUAAACCACAUCUGAUUCCUUUCUGGGUUUCAGCCUGACAAAACCUCUCACAUUCACAUUUCUUGGAUACCUGUCCUCCUCUCAGGGUUGCUCACCUUGUCCAGGCAGAUUCAUCCCAGCUGAGCAGAAAUACCACCUCAAUUCUGAGAAAACAAACUGAAAAAAAAAGAAAAAAAAAAAAAACCUCAUCUCAUACAGCAUAUAGUGUUCGCAGACGCAAAUGUGAGACAGCAGCCGCAGAGUGAAUACUAAUUUUUUCCUUUUUAUUUAUCCGGUUUUCUCACUCUCCAGUCUUCCUCUCUGCCAUCAUCAUUGCAAUCGGCUUGUCAGAGCUCGUAAGCCUCUCAUCUCCUCCUCACAGCCCACACACACACACAAAAACACAGACAGCACAAAAGUCAUUCAUAAUUGUCGAACUUGUAUCGGAAAGGAGGGUUUGAAACGCACAGAAUGGUUUAUUGUGCGAGUGACAUCUCUCUCCCUGUGAGUGCAGAAAGAAUCAUAAUGGAGGGAUGCGGAGGGGACAAGUACCAGGUUGUGGCACCUUCACGAGACGCACAAUAACACACUUCCCUCAUUGUUAAUUGAAAGGCAUCCCAACUGCACUCAGCAGCAUCGAAUCUGAGAUUGCUAACUGUGUAUAGAUGUUCAAAUAAACACGCAUAAAGAAAACCGUUACGGCUUAAAUGUUUAAAUAGAAACUUAAAUUGAAGUGAUUUGUCGUAGUAAUCAGACUUCAAAUAAUGAUAAGUGUCAGCUUAUUGUACACACUAGAUAAAAACAUGUCAUGGAUCAAAUACAGAUAUUUAUAAUAGAUUCAUUAUGUGAUGAUUCAGAGGCCAAAAUUAUGCUUUUUAUAGACAAUAGCAGCUGUCAACAUUUCUCUGUCAAUCCGAAAGCAAAAAUACCAAACAUUUGUUUUCAAGCUUCUCCGAUUCAAUGUCUGCAGUUUAUUUCCUGUCAUAUAACAUUUACACUGAGAGAGGCUGGCAUAGAUAUAUGUAUUUACAUAUACAAAAUCCCUUCAAUAACUUAUUGAAAUGUUGCAUGCAGCAGAAAUUUCACCCAGACUUUCUCCUGCUAGCCCUCUUGUAAAACUUCUGUGUGAGGUCAGGGUGAGCUGAUGUGAGAAUGCAGCAGGAAAUAUAAGAGAAAAUUCACCACAAGCAAGCAGGGAGAGGUGAUGACAUUAAUAUCUUGAGACCAGUGCAGACCCAGAAGAGCGACAUGUAAAAGGCUGAAUAAAAACAUCCAAAGAGGAGGAGGAGGGAGAAUCCUUUUUAAGACGAGGGCUGAGAAGAUGUCUGCACAUCUGUUCGUUUGCACAUACCACUGAUACAAAUGCACCAACCAUCAUCAGGACUAAAAUCUCUUUUGAUUUGAUCAACAUCAUUUUCUAAAUAUUACACUGAUAUUUCAGUGUUUCUGUUGUGGGAUUGUAAGAGCUGUCCCUUUCACAUAAAACUGCUGAGAGAACAGAAACAAGCCAGAAAUUUUUGACAUUUGUGGGAAAGAGCUCCUGAAAAUCAUUAGAAAAUUUCAGGACUGUAUCACUGAUUCUGACUGUCAUCGCAGCAGAAGAAGUCGUUUAAGUAUAAAAUAUUUUUUACAAGAAUUAACACUUUAUAUGAACCCACCUCUUAUAAAGUACAUUUAUUAAGCAUUAUAAAUGCAUCUAUAAGGCUUAAUAACAACUUUAAUGAGUGAUUCAAAUAAUUUAAAACAGCCUAUAGCAGUGUUCAUGAAGUGUUAUAGCUGAACAUAAUGCCAUAUAAAGGUAUAGUCUAUUACAUGGAUAUUAUACUUAAAUGCAAAGGAAAGAGAAAAAAACAACUCUCAUUACUUUACCCAGUUAGAAGGAGUCAUUAAGAAAUCAAUCUAUACAAAAACUUUAAAAAAUUAAUACUCAUAACAUGCUAAAGCCUGGCUAUGGAGAGCACUGUUUGCAGUUAUUAAUCCUAUAACACAUUUAUAACAACUUAUAAGCAGAAUUUUGUGGCUGUAAGUAAAAUGCCAGACCAAAAUACUUUAUAACAUUACAUUUAUAUGUAACUUUUAUGUAUACUUUAUAACAUUAUAAUAAAUUAUUUUGUCUUUUUCCCUAUACAUUAUACAUUUCUGAGGCUUUAUGCUCACAGUUCACUUAAUAAACCAGUUGUAAGCUGUUAUAAAUAAUCACUCAAAAGGAUUGUUAUAAAGCCUUAUAGAGGUACUUAUCUUUUUUUCUUGUUUUCCACUUACUUUGUUGUUAUCAUGUCAACAACACCAGACUUGUAAAGGAAAGCACUUUACAAAAUUGUUUUUUUUCUUUAAUUAUUCUGGUUCUGUCCAAUAAAACUGAGAUUUCAAAUUCAUGAUAAACUGUCUGUAAGUCAAUAAUAUCCAAAUCACAGAUCCAUUUUGCAGUAAAAUCAGGACUCUAAAAUGAACAAUCGCUCCAAUGACUCAAAUGUGUCGUACAUGUUCACUGAUCCUAUUUAUUCACAGUCAGCACAGCCACCAGAGGCAGUUUAGGGUUAAGAUUCUUGCUCAAAGACUUGGGACCCCCUGUCUGAGAGAUGACUGAGUCUACCACUGGACCACAGCUGCCCCUUUAUCAUUCCUAACAAUCAUCAUAUGAAUUCUCCAUACUUGUAAAGAUAACUGCCACUUUUUUAUUGUUCAAAUACAGAGCAAACUGAAAACUGGCAAACAAGAAACCAAUAUGACCCUGGAGAAGCAGUGGUUGAGCAGCGCUGCCUGUCUCAUAACAGACAACCUCUCCGGUUUCCUGCCUGUGCUGUAAAACAGCUUGAGUUAUGCACGACCACAGCGAGAAUGACCCCAGAGGUUCACCUCAGCCGGGACCCCCAACUCCCCCCCAUCCCCUGUCUUUCCACAGCUUCCUCCCUCCACCCCCUCUACUCCCCUACUCCCCCUCAGGCUCCCAGCAGACAAGAGGGGAAGACAGAGAGAGACAGACAGAGAGAAAGCAUGCUCCCUGACACACUGACAGCCCUUCAUAUUGAAGUGCUGUCCUGAGACAGAAUACGCUGUCUGCUCCGAAGGCAGCACAAUUUACUGUGGCACUGCUCUCUGGGAGACAGAGCAAAUCCUGGAAGAAUAUAUGUAGGUUUGUCUGCUGGUUUCGGAUAGUGAAGGGUGGAUUACAGAGCACAGCUUAAAGAAAAAUGACUCGUAGCCUCGGGUGGAAUGAGUGGGUGUAGCUCCCGAGGGAUCCAGAUAAAGAUGCGCUUGACUUUCACACAGAGGAAUAACUAAGGAUAGGAAAAAUCCAUAACAGACGUUUUAAUUUCACAGAGCUUCUGUAGACGCUUACAAUAGUCAAAGUUGUUCUUCUACUGCAGUGUGAAAGAGUCAGUAUAGAAAGACAGUUUUUAGCAUUUUAAGAUCUGAAAGCGUGCAAACAGUGUAAGAAAAAGGCAAAGUGGGAGCAGGGGAGGUGUAUUUAUUAAAAAGGGGUACACCAGCCUGUCAAUGAGCUUUUCUGAUGCUGCAGGCCCCGAGGUUCUUGCCUACCUCAUCAAGGUGUGACUGCAACUACCUGAUACAACACCAGCGCAAAAGCCCAUUUAUAUUCCCAAUCCUCUCACAAUCUGUAAACAGUCUGUUCUGCGUGAAUGAACAAGGAGUGUGCAGUUCACCAGCGUGCUGCCCGGUGACGCUACAGUGAUUUUCAGGGUCAGAGUGGUGCACAUGUCCAGACGAGGCAUGCUGAGGGUCCUUACAGGGGGAUUCCAAUUAAAGCGCUGCAAAGCCACAAGGAUCAGGGAGUUUGGCUGGGCUUGAAAGCAGAGCGUUUUAAGAAAUGGAUAAUGGGAGCAUUUUGCUGCAGAGUACGGAGGUCUCUGCAUUGAACAGAGAGUGAGUGCUGCAGAAUAUAGGACAACAAUGACUGGCAAUUAUUUCAACCUCUAUUUCUCCAGGAAAUGUCAGUUUGAGCAGUCAUGCAAUUAUUUAUGCCCCACCACACAGUGACCCUGUUGAAAUCUGGAGUGUUUUCAAUUUGUAAGGACUUUGAUGACCUAAAGCACAAAAUCCUUUUUUUUCCCUAAUGCACUUUCAUUAAAAGGUGACAUAAGAGUUUUUCUUAAGUGUCACUUCUGAGUUACUGUUAUGGCAUUACUGCCUUCAUGACUGAAGUAAACAAAACAUGGCAGCCAUUGCCUUUGGCAACAUGCUGAGAAGCAAACAGUGCCGCAGUGUCACACUGUUGCAUUAUCUGUAGCAGGGUUUUACCAUAGACUGUAUAUACUAUGGACAACUUUGCUCCGCCUUCCGCCGUUAUGCGGAUUUGAAGUUGAAUUGCUCUUGGUUUUUCCAGGCUUCCUCUCUUCCUGGAACCACCACUUGCACAGUGGUGUUGUACGCAUUCGGCAUAAGAGUCACCGAGAGUCGCUGUGAUGACACGCGGCUCAAACAGGAUAUCCCCCGAGUGAGCAACGUAAUCUUCGUACGCCCAUGGCUGUAUCAAGUGUCAACCAUUGAAAACAUGAACCCCCUCAUAACAUUUAAAAAUGGAGCUGCACAGAAAAAUAGAGGACUUGAGCACAAACCAGUCUGACAGUCACCACAUGUCAACAUCGCAAGCAGGGGGGAGAAAAAUUCAUAUUCUGUGUAAUAAAUUUCUAAAGUUUGUCCACAGCUCCAUAGGGAUUGUUGGAGGAGGCGGGAUUUAUGACCUAUACUGCAGCCCAUCACCAGAGGGUGCUGUUCUUGCGGUGGCGUCACCCAGCGAGGAGGCAGAUGGCUUCCAUUCUAUAUACAGUCUAUGGGUUUCACACUGUUUUUCAUAUCAGAAAAUUAAAGACCCUUACAGAGUGUGGACUUGGUGGUUUUGUAAAAUAAUAGUGUAUAAUCAUCGUAUCAUGAAAAUCAUUUUGUUCUUGCUGACUUAGAGUUAGCCUUUAUAUUAGGAGCAGGUCCCCCUUUACAAAGGGCAUCAUACACUCAUGUUUCUACAGUAGCACAGAAUGGGGAAAAAAUGAUCACUUUUGUAAUUAUAUAAGUCACUGUGCACAAAAUAAUUUGUAAUUAUUGAAGUUUUUUUUUUUAAAACUUGACAAAGGAAGGACCUUGCUCAUCGGGCAUCGAGAGCUUCUUUUCCUCAAAGUCUACUGUCACUUCAGUGUUACAGAGGAGAAUCUGGCAGCUGGAUAAUGCUCAGUUUCCUCAUUUUACUCACUGUGCCUGAAAGACAACAUCUUUGUCUAGUUCAUAUAAACUUUGCUGGAAAUUGACAUUUUCAUCCAUUAAUGAUUUAGUACUAAACAUUAAAACUGGCUGUCAGUCAAAUUCCCAGAUAUCAGUUACCUUGUUAGCAGAAGAAGUCAAUACGUUUACAUGCACAAUGAAGCUUGUUACUAUCAGGUCAUCUCCUGGUUGACAUAUUACGUACUAAAACAAUGGACAAAACACAUUAGUAAGAGGCUACCAUUGAACAGUGAACAAUGAAAACAACAUCACUUUUACAGCUCUGUACCGUUUGUUGAUACGAUAGCAAAGUUUUGUCCUUUUUUAAUGUCUUGUCUUCGUCAGACAAAGUUUUUUAUGACUUGGCUUCCUAGCAACGCAUUUCUGCUGUUCAACUUCCUAAAAGCCUGGCGUGCAAACUCUGGAGCAUGCUCAGAACACUCUUUAGCCAGUUUUGGUCCAUUUGACAGAGAAAAUCAAUUCCCAACUGCAUUAUUUAGCUGAGUUAGUCUGAUAUUGAGGAGUUUGAUUAACUGUUGGGCUAAUGUGUCUAAGUUCCAGUCAGGAAACAAAUUGUAUAUUUUGAACAACUGAUUGACACAUCCACGACUUCAAUACUGCCCUAACAAGGAUCUUUUUGAUAGGAUGUCAAAUCUGAGACAGUCAUUGGCUGGUGUUUAACAUACAUUCUAUCACGAUGUAUAGAAUAAAGCUGUUUAAUAAUAAUGUUAAUAUUUUUAUUCUUUCUCAAUAAUUUCAGAUAUAUGAGACCCUUGUGGUGAUAUUUUACUGAGCCAUAUAUCUUUCCAUCUGCUUUCAUUUAACACAACAUUAACCUAGCUCUAGCAAUUUGCUCUCUCAUUUGUUUGUAUCAUACUAAAAGAAACUAUCAAAGUAGUAUCAGUAUUAUAUACCAUGUUUUAGUCAACAUGCUGGCUCAACAGUGACUGAACUGUAGGGAUGCUCCUUCAGUUACUGUAUUAUCAUGUCGUGGCUGAAUUCUAACUUGAGCCAUUAUCUAUGUACAAACUAUACUUUUUAACUGUUAUGUCUUUUAAGACACAGAACAAUCAAGAAGUGGCCAGAUUAUCUGAAUUUAUAUGAUUUAAAUCAGCAUGUAAGCGUCCCACUCUUUGCUUGAAGUCAAAGGAAAAUCGCCAGUGUGGCCUGGGUAAAUCAUUCUUUGCUUAGUGUGUCUUUGGAGCAAACGGGUUCAUUUCCCUGAGGGACGAGCUGAAAAGUGAGAGCACGUUAGUUGUUUCAGCAUUUGAGUCAAGCAGUUUCUCUGUCUUUUCUCAGCCCAGUUGAGCUGGACUGCGGUUCACACCUGCCGGCAGGAAGCGUUUCAAAUGUUUCACAAGUAAGCACUUGCGAUCAGAUUUCACUUCCUUGCUUGCAUGCGGUUUUAUCUGUGAAAGACUACAGCUCCGUUGGGGGGAAAGAAAAAAGUUCAGCAAAGGGAAGCAGCUUGUGGUGACAGUUUUUGUUGAUGACUGAGCUGUGUGGCAUAUGCAGGUGUGUUUGGGAGCUUUAUACUCUGCAUGCAACCUGUGAUGUUCGACAGAGCUUCAAAGCAAUCGAGGAUGUGUGCGUGUUCGCCAUACAGACGAAGGCACAUCUGGCCGGCAUUUAGAUGUCGCUGACGUGAUCAAGUCUUGAAGCAUCCUGAGUGCAGCCACAUCUGUAUUAAAAGCCACUCAUACUUUCAGGAAAUAUGCUUUUUACUCAUACCGUUGAACAGCUGAAUCCUUGUCUUUUGAUUUGACCUCUUUGCACCUUCAUGAAUGAACAAGAAAGCAUUAUUUAAUUGCUUUUUACAGGGGGUUCAAACUAGCUAUUGUACUGGAAUUUGCUUUCAAUGUCAGUCGUUCUCCAAUAGAAGGACUGAGGCAACAGGCAUUAAUCAAAAACAAUUUGCUUGAACCUGUAUGUGACAAUGACGAGUCCUUCCACCUUUUACCAGACAGGUGUGAAUAAGGUUUCAGCCCCUUUAAUCAGCCCGGUUCCAUCAGACCUGGCUUCAUUCGCCGCUCUCGCCUGGGAGAAACCAUCUCCCUCUUCUCCCUCCCUGCACGACCAACUUGUCAAUAUCUUAUAAUGUAAAAAUUUGAUAGCCAAUUCAGAGCCCAGCUUCUCUCUAAGCAUACAAAAUGAGCCUGAGUCCACAGGGAACAAAAGUGCGAACCUGUCCAAAAUGAGCUGAAAGCAGCACGAGGAUACAGAAAUAAAAGAAUUGAUUGUAAAUUAAGAGUUUAGAAUAAAAAAAAGAAAAGAGUGAGUGUGGGGAGGGGUCACCCACUGCAGAUCUGACCCCCAAGAAGCUGGAGUAAAUUAUUCAUUAAGAGUCAAAUGGCUUGUUUCUUGUGAAAUUACCUUUCUCUCCCUCACCUCCUCCUGGAUGCAUGCUAGCCAGAAGAAUAAUUAGUUAUAAGGCCACCACCAUUUUCAGACUUUAAUCAUGUAACAGAGAAGCCCCCUGCAGUGAGCAUAUUAGAUCUGGAGACAGAGUGAAGAGACGGAAUAAAAAAGAAAGAAUAAAGCAUCGACGAACACUUUAAAAUCGCAGCUGCCUGGGUUCUUUAAUUAAAAAUUGAUGUCAUAUUAGAGAUGAAGAUUUUAACUCAACAGAGAGAGGAAAUGGAGUGCUUAUUGAACUUGUUAGCUCCCGGGAUGAGCACAUGCUUUCAGGCCCGAUGGGUGGUUGUGUAGGCGGGCUCUAUGUGUUAAUCAAUCAAACAAUCAAUCACUUUACUUUAUCCAAGAUCAUACAUCCACUAAAACACUAUUUUUUAAAUUCAUAACACAUCCGAGUGAGCUUUUUCGACGAUUUGAUUCAUUUUGGGCUCUCUUGUUUAUUUUUCACCUGUUAUCAACAUGCAAAGGUGUGAAGAGAGAAAGUAACAGGAGCGAUUGAAAAGAUUUAUUUUCCCAUUUACACAUAGAAGUAGACAGUAAUAACACUAAAACUUAAAUACUGGCUCUAGCCAACAAUUAGAAAUGUUCACUUUGUCACUUCAUGCUGACUGUCUUCACCAGCUUGUCUCUCUAACAUGUUUUUAUAAACAGAUUCAGAGUAGUCUUGUUUCACAUCUGUUGCUGUAAAGUAGUGCAGGUAAAAAUCAUCAUCAUGAUUUGUCCAUUUAUUCACAGUGUCCUCAUGUCUAAACUGUUUACCCUCAAAUCUCAACUACAGAAUAGUUCUGAUUUGAUCCAACAGAGAACUUCAGAAUUAUGCUGUGAAACAAUGGACGGAUGCUUGGCUUUCAAGAGAGACAAGAAAAAUCCAUCACUCACAGUUUUUAAACAAACUUUGUAUGAAUACUUAAAAAACACAUCUUAAAAACUAUUUUCCUUUAUUCAUGAACAAUGUUGACUACAGAGCAGAGAGGGACUGCAAGCUCUCUGAGGGUUUCCUUUCAGACUGUUCAUAAAACUGUUCCAAACUUCCUGACUUCCACUUUUUAAGAACUUCUUCUCAUUCAUAAACAUGCUGACUCUGAUGCUGCCAGUGAGCACUCUCAUGAUCUCUUGCUGUUUUCAAUGCUGCCUUCUUUUUAAUUGUGACAAUAUUCCACGUUGUGGGAGGAAAAGCUGUUUAAUUCGUCUAAUUCUAGACUAUGGGUGCCCUUGUAAAAAUAUAUAUUAUUAAUGAACUUAAACAUUUAGAGUCAUUUAAAUUAUAUAUAUUUAUAUAGAUAUUUAUAUAUAUGAAAUGAUAAACCCUCAUAUUAAAGAGAAUUCUCCCCAUUGUUGUGACAAAGUCACAGCAGUAAGCUUCUUUUUCUCACCUUAUUUGUGCAUCUGGUAAAUCUCUCACGUCUUCGGCAAAGGCGUCAUCAUCAGCAGUGAUCUUAUUCUGGCAGCCAAUCAGAGUGGGUGUGGCCUCUCACCGUGGUAACCCUAAAUUAAAAAAAAUGCAGAGGCUGGUCUUACGCCUUCUGUUCAUAUCAGCUAAAUGCAAUCUUCCAUACUCUGUUGGGAUUCCCAGCUACAUGUGCUACAGAUGGUGCUGAGAGUUCUCUAAAUCAUGGAAAAACCAUGUGACAACACUAUUACAUGAUUACAUAGAGGAUCAUUUUGUUUUUAAUAUUAAAAAAAUAUAUACCCUGAAAAAAUACACACCCAUGUCUAUAUUGUGGCUAUAUAUUAUCGGCCUAAAACAGAUAUAUCAGUCAGGCUCUUCUUAGGAUAACAUCUGCAAUUUUUUUUUUUUGCUUUUAGAACCUAAAAAUUCACAUAAAGUCUUUUGGUUUAAAUCAAAGCAUGGGUCUUAUUUGGGGACAUUAUCCUCUCUCUCUUUUUUUAGUCAACAGGCUGGUCUUUUCCUUUCCUCCUGCUUCAGUGAGAGUUAUAGCUCAAAUUCCAUUUAAGUGGCUCCCUGAUCUCAGGGCUCGAGUCCAGCCAUAGUGUGCUUGAGUCACCGGGGGGAGAGGGGUUAAAACGUUGUACCUGUCACUAUAACAGGCUGAUUAUUGCCUGUGGAACUGGUAGGCUUGUGUGAAUUUGCUCCCCUCCCGCCCUCCUCCCUGCUGGGAGAAAGGCCUGGGGCCCGUGCUCACUGAGGCUGAAUGACUCACAAUUACCACAGCGACAGAGCCCGCAGCCACCUCCCAUCCUCUCCAGCCGUUUCACUGACUCACUUAGCGCACAUGACAAAUGACAAAAUCACCCUGAACCUCCGCCCCCUCACUAAGACCUGAUUGCCCAUCGCCCACACUUUGCCUUCAGUACUUAAAGCUGGGAUACAUCUUGCCAAGCUUCAUGAAACGCAACAAACUAAGUCUCAAGCAACUUGUUUAGGCCUUUUAAAGCAACGUUUUACAGUGUUACUCUAUGGUGCAUAUUUUAGAGUGACCCAGUGAACAGCCUACCCCUGACAUUACUGCAGAAACACUGCUGUUACACGUCUUUGAAACUCAUUAAAACUCUUCUCUGGCGGCUGAAAAACUGAUAUUAUUUGUGGUGCAUCAUCAAAGGAAGACUUCUUGCACUGUAUUUUAAAUAGGAGAGAAAUGAGUGGCACCAAUACCCAUAGCAGACAUUAUACCACUCAGCUCUUAACAAUACGGUGCCAGGGUAUGCAUAAUAGAAAGUAAAAAUAUUACACUAAAGUAAAGCCUCACAUUCAUCUUUUGGUAUUAUGAAGACAGCAGUGAACUUUAGGACUCUGACACUAUUUUAACUUGCUUACACUGCAGAAGUCAAAGCUAGGAGCGUGCUGAUAGUUCAAUCUUACACCUCAUAUACCCUCCUAGUUAAACGCAGAGUGGCGAGAGAGUUGUAGCAGUUUGCAGUUUUUCAGAAUGGAGCGGAAAAGUAGAGAGGGCUGUAAUAUUUGAUGAUGAAAAAUAUGUUGCUUGCAGCUGCAUAACGCUUGACCUCUGAGACCUGAGAAAUGCAUUAAAGAGCAGUUAUAAAACAUGCAGAUGGUAUGUUAUAUACGGCACUACAGCCCACUUGUUAGAGCGUGGAUGUGCAAUUAUUACACCACAUGCAUAUUUGAAGACGUCACAGAGGAGUGGACAUCAACACAUCAUGUAAUCCCUCCCUGUAGAAAUGAUAACAGCUCCCACCUCAGUUUUGGCUUCAUUUUCUCACAGCCAUUUUAAGCUCAUUAUUACGUUUGUCUUUCAUGCUGCACACUGAAUCCAACACCUCGAGUAAGGCUGGAUACUCACAUUUUCUGUUCAACAACAGCACAAUGCUUUCACACUCACUUCAUCUCUCCUCCUGCAGCCUGUCCUCAGACAGACAGGGACGCCUCCCCCAAUAUGUUAGCUGCAAACUGCAAUAUGCUUCUGCUAAGAUAGGAGUUUUGGUGCAAACCUAGAGUCACACAAGAUGAGGAGCAUUGCCAGCAAAGUGAUCAGGGUCUUAAAAGGCAAGGGGCAGUUUAGUUUUAGAAAUCAAAGCAAAUACUUUUCAAGAACUCUAAAGAGCCGUUUUGUUGGACACCACAGGGGCUCUUGAGUGAGCAGAGUGCUACCCUCUGAGCCCAGCAGUCAACGGCUCAAUGAAGAGGAGAAAUCAAACACAAAGUAGUCCCUCAAUAGGAGCCGUGAGGAAUGGCAUAUUUGCCAUUAGAGUCAGCCUGUGUGGCCUUGGAUGACCUCUUAGAAAAAAAACAUGACAAAAGUUGAAAAUGAACUUAUCUUAUGACUCUUCAAAUCUGAAUUAAAGACCUGUGUCAUCAUUUAGCUCUGCCUCUUUUCGUCUCCUCUCUUCGUUUUGGAGCAACACUGGUCAGCAUAGCUUUCUUCUGCCUUGUACUUUGUACCUUGGACAAUUAAGCACCAUUUUGCAACCCUGCUAGAAUGCAAGCAUUACAUAGCGUUAUAGGGGUUAUGCAUUUAAGGUGCAACUAUGAACUGCCAAGAAAACUGCAGUAUAGAAAGGGCAGGAAGGGAAAUGGCAGCUGAAAAGAACUCCUGGCAUGCCAAAAAGCUCUAAUGUAAACUAAAGUGCUAAAAAGGAGCUGAAUAGACGGUGUGCUUUCUAUUUAAAUGGGGGUAUCAUGUUUUUUUUCAGACUCUAUGGGCUCUAUUUUCGUGUACGCCGGUGAGGCGGCAGAGGGUGGCGAGCCCCGCGCAGUUGUAUUUUCGUCUGGCAGAGCCCGGCGUUCAGACAGUUUGGUAUUUUCGUGGACUGAGGCGCACGGAGGCGAAACGAGAUCCGCCAAGCUGGGCGUGGUGGCGUGGCAGGGGGAGGUGUCGACAGAAUCAGCGGGCACAGUGACAUUUUCGUGCUCGCCACCGGCGUGUAAAGUGCGCUGAAAGCUCGCCGACUCAAACCUGGUCAGCUUUCAGCGCAGGCGGAGCGCAGCUGGUCUAGUAGUAUUUUGGUAGACCGGCAGCGUAUCGACAUACGUCACCGAUGCCUCACCAGCAGGUUUCCACAGUGUCAGGCACAUUUCAGUGCAAUAAAUAAUCAUCGACAACUAACAAUCUGAGUCAGUACAUACAUUUAGAUCUAUAUAGAUAUAUUCUGAUCUAUAUCUGAUCUGAUGAGCGCGUUUGGCACGCGUUUGGACACACAACCUGACCAAAUCAACACAGCUGAAACCACAUUAAAUUAAAUUAAAUAUCUAGUAAAUAAACACACAUGAUGAAGUUAACUAGAUAUUUAAUUUGUCUCCCUCCUUUUCUUUCAUCCUCCUCCUCUUAUUUCUCGCACAGCUCGACCUGGACACGUCUCCGUGUCCUCUCUCCGUCCUGCUGCAGCGGCGGCUGAACAGAUGAUUUGUUUCAGUGAUCAGAUGAGUUAUCUACUUUAAGCCGACAUACGGAUAUUAUAAUAUUCAGUUUUGUGAGGCAAAUUUAUUUUAUAUGCCAACAUCUAUGAAAGAAAGAGCCAGGCCACAGAGCGCGAUGCGUCAUUUACGCACAGAUGCUUCCAAUUUUAAUGCCAUUUUAGGAGUUUAUGUUGUGAUCUGUGCGCUAAACCCACCUUUGUCACGUGAGGUUUGAAUAUAUGCAACUUUAUGUGAGUGUCUGUAUUUGUGGAAAAGGGUGUUUGUCUUGCCAGUGGGUCCAACAUUACACACACCAAAUCCAUCUGUGCUUAUAUGAGAGAGUGUGGAGGACGCCCAAUGCAGCGCUUACAGCGACCCUUGUUGAGGGGCUGCCUUCUGUCGCCAUUGUGUGGCAUUACUGUCUUCAGACAUCUCUUGAUCUCUUUGACUACUUCACGAAAAUGGUAAUACGCCUUGCUGGUGGCGGAUUUAAAGGCAAGGAGAGGAGCUGAUGUGAUUGGUGAAAACAGGUCUCGGCUGUGUUAAACCCACUCCACGCCCUCUCUCCUCCCUCGCUACGACUUACGCCGCUGGGAGGAGCUUUAGUUAGGGAGGGGGGAUACUUAUGCCGGGCUGCGCUGCUCAUCAAAAUACCAAAUUGUGCUUGGGAACGUCUUGUCGGCGCGGCAGACCUGACUUACGCCGCGCCUGCGGCACGUCUCCGGCGAGGCAUGAAAAUAGAGCCCUAUAUCUCCCUUGUGAUACCUCUUCAGUGGAGCUACACAAUUUUAAGAUGUAAAAAAGCCUCAAAUUUCUCACAGUGAUGUAUCAAAACAUCAUUAUUUUAGCCUCAGCCCUGAAAUGCUUCCUUUUAGCUACUGUCUCUUUAAGAACUUUAGUCAAUCUCGCACAUAAAUCACUGUCUCGCAAUUUUCGCAUUUGUCGGAGAUUUUGUGAUUUUUCUGUGAUUAUGACAACAUAUGUUUACCUUGUGAUUUGAAACUUUGCAUAAGUCAUAAGGACACCAAACUUUGUAACUUUGUUGCAAAUGUGUCCUCCCAGGGGUGGGGGGCAUGGCGGCAACAGUAGGUUUGACUGAGAAAUUAUGUGAAUUAGUUGAUGACGUCAGCGACUUUUACGCCAGCCACUAGCGACUUUCCUUACUGAGGAGUUGGCAACACUGCAAAGAAGAGGAAGUUCUUCUGGAGGAUGGUUGACUUAGCUACAAACAUGAAACAAGAGUUGAAGGUCUUUGGUCUCUGUGGUAAAAAGGCCAGAUUAAGGGGAAAACUGACCCCUCUCAUGUGAGUCCAAAUGGUAAACCACAACCACAUCAGCGGGAAAACCCUCAGCUAAGGCAGUGGAAAUACGAUCCAUGAUGUUAUGAAAGGAAAUGCGCGUUUUUAGAGGGACAGAAAAUCAAUAUCACUGACUGACUGCCAAGCGAGUGAACAAAUCCGAGCGAGCUUGAAAAACCUGCAUAAAAUGGAAUAAAAAUGAGUCAGACUUAAUAAUCCCAACUAAGCCUGUGUAAGGAAGCGCUGGCAGUCAAGACAGUAGAUGGAUCAGAGCACAGACAGAAAUGCAUGCAUUAUGCAUAGUUGUAAAAUCUCCCUGGGUAGUGCACACAUACACACUCGUUCACAUCCUGCCUUUAACGUUUGCAUCACUUAUUGUUCUCUCUUACUACAAUUUUAAAUACACAAAUGGGUAUGUGUGUGUGUGUAUUCACUACUGUCAACAUUCAAAAGACAUUCUAGUGCUGGAUUUUGCCAUGGAACCUGUCCAUACCUGUUAAUUUACUGUUAUUUUGGAGUAAUUUUUUUGUCUCAUAGUAAAACCCAGACAACGCCACUGCUUUCCAAAGUAUUCAAACUCCCUCAGCAAUCCCUCAGAAGCAAAAAGGAGUGUUUUGAAAUGGGAAACACAGCUUAGUCUACUUUCUACCUCAAGUUUUUCUCUUUAAGGUUUUAUGAGAGAACAAAUUCCUCUCCAGUUAGAGGAUCUUCAAGUGACCUUUUCUUAUUUUGUUCCAGGAAAAUGGCUUUUUUGAGAAGGGGAAUGUAGAAAUAGGUGUUUUAUUGGAUGAAUUCAGCUCUUUUUGAAGCAUCAACAGUCUUUAAAAAGAGCAUAAAUCAACCUUUAACCUCUGCUGUCAGAGAAACAACUCUACAAAGCCUCUCUUAAUGACAGUGCUUUGCUUUUUUACAGUAUUACAGCCUUUGCAGAAAACUGUCCCCCGUAAGAAUUAUUGAUUGAACUGCCCAGACACCACCCAAGUAAAACGCUUUAUGUGAAUUGAGUUUUGGCGUGGAUUUUCUGUUUGAAUCUGUUCUCUGAUCCCUGUGGCUUCAGCAAUAGCUCGAAGGAGGCAUAUGAGCCCAUUACUAGCAAGCUUAGGGAAUUACGUUGGCUCUGUGAAGACUAGACAUAAAGGAGUAUUUUCUCCCACAGCAGAGGUAAACAAAAGAAUGUAAUAAUAGCAAUACCUGCAAAAUAACAGCCUUUUCUUUAUAUAUAUAUAUAUAUAUAUAUAUAUAUAUAUAUAUAUAUAUAUAUAACAUUGAUAGAAUGUCAAAGCUACUACCAGUAGAGGUAUGAACGGUAAAUUAAGUAUUGAUUAGACCUUUAAUUUCUUUCCUGUCCAUGUUUCUUUCUACCACGUUAAUAACUGCCUACUUUCUUUCUCUAUUUUCUUCUUCGAUACCACCCCCCUCUUCUCUCUAGGUGGCCUUGAGUCAAGAGGACGACUCUUCCAGCCCCAAGAGCUCUUCAGACGACUCCUCCUCCUCCAAGACGGUGGGUCUCCUAACCGGGCAGACUCCCCUCUCACCCCUGAGUCGCUGGAUGCUCCACAGUAAGAGCAGAGCAGCUAACACCACCUCUCUGGAGCUGCCCUACCGUUCCCCGGUCCCUUUUGCCAAGCAGGAAUUUUCCAAACAAGAGUUCUGGGAGAUGUUGGGCAGCGAUCUUCUGAAACCAGACGCCUCCAGCUCCAGAGUCAAACGACGGCCAAUUGUCAAAACCGGCAAAUUCAAGAAGAUGUUUGGCUGGGGAGACUUCUACUCCAACAUCAAGACGGUGAGACUAAACCUCCUGAUCACCGGCAAGAUCGUGGACCAUGGAAACGGCACGUUCAGCGUCUACUUUCGCCACAACUCCACGGGCCAGGGGAACAUCUCAGUGAGCUUGGUGCCACCGGUCAAGGCGGUAGAGUUCGACCUGGAGCGCCAGAGUGUGGUCUACCCAAAGGACUCAAAGAUCUUCAACUGCCGUGUGGACUAUGAGAAGGUGGAUCGCAGCAAGCGCACCUCACUGUGCAACUACGACCCGUCCAAGACCUGCUUUCAGGAGCAGAUCCAGAGCCACGUGUCCUGGAUCUGCUCCAAGCCUUUCAAAGUCAUCUGCAUCUACAUCUCCUUCUACAGUACGGACUACCGUCUGGUCCAGAAGGUUUGCCCGGACUAUAACUACCACAACGAGAUGCCCUAUCUGCCUUCAGGGUAGAGGGUUUGUGGAGGGGGAGGAGAGGUGGGAGGAGAGAAGGAAAAUAGGGGGUGAGAGGGAAUAAAUGUGAUUUAAGGGGAUGAAACCAGGGCUGUAAAUCGUCCACAGCAGGAGACACCUUAAAAAAACCCUCUCUGUAGCCUGACUUCUGUAAGAUGUAAAAAGAUAUAUGCAAACUCUAACUACAGUAUGCAGAUAAUGAGGCAUUUUGGAAUGCUGAGCAGCAGCAUUCAUUAACUGGGACUGAGACUGAGAUUCAAAAACACGCCAACAUGCACAUUCUUACCUCAAUCCAGUUUCCAAAUACCAACGUUAUCACCAGAUAUGUCUCUCCUUUAUUCACUCCGUUCAGUUAACGUUGAGUGUCCUUUUAAUUACUCUUUGCAAUGUAGCUCUUUAGCAAAGUCACUAGGCAGUAUUUUCAGUGAAUGAAGGCAUUUAAAGGCUCUGAUAAUACCCACUGGAGAGUUGGAUCCAAAUCCAGACGUUAUUACAAACAUCAUACCGUUUUUUAACAUCAUACCCUGAAAAGACAAAGAUAAAACCGACCACAGGGAGCGUUGUUUCUUCACUCAUUAAAAGUGCAGAUGAAUGUAAAGUGUAACCAGUAACAGGAUCAUUAAGGUGGCACUUAUUCCUUCAGAUCCACACCCAGAAGUUCAUCUAUCCAUAUUCACAAGUAUCAUAACACGCCAUUGUCAAGGUGUAGUGUAGGAUUUUUGUACCCUGUCAAACCUAAUCACAGCCUAACUCACAAAUACGUUGGCUCCAUUUCAAUGAAAAUAAAAAAUAAAAAAACCUAAAAGGUGAGAGGAAGAAAAAAAUGGAAUUUGCAAGCAAAAGCAAUUGCUCAACAGAGAUUUAGGGCCAGGGCUUAAGACAAGUUCAGUGUGAAGAAAAUAACUAGAUUUUGCAUCGAGAUAGAAUUGGCCCUCCAUACUUAAGAGAGAGGGAGCGAGGGAGGAAGCGAGAGGUGGGAGAAAGAGAGGGAGAGAUUCAGUGAGCUGUUUUAAUUAAAGUGGAGAAGGAGAUGUAGAGUAUGCAGCUCUGUCUAUUGUCCCCUCUGUAUGAAAAAGAUUACAUUUUGUUGCCGUCAGGAUUCCUGAUUUCACGCCUUGAUAACUUUGACUGUGUGCGGGAGAUUGCUCUCUCCCGACAAAUGCUGUGUUCAGUAACGGCGGGGCGUUAUCUUGAAUAAAUGAAAAUAUUAUCAUAAUAAUUACAUAUAAUUUAAUCUCCUUUAGAGCUAAUUAAGGUUUCAACGAGAGGGCGAAUUGUAUUCCUAAAAAUCAAGACAGCAUGAGGAUAAGAGGACCUUCACAGGGAUUGUUGUGUGUUUCCUAACAUGGAGCUGGCAGCCAAAGCUUGACCAGUGUUAACUGCUCUCAUUAAGAUAAAUGGCCACUAGCUGGCCCAUCUCAUGUUGCUCUCACAAACAAUAUCAGUCGAGAGCAGCACACAACGGAGCAAUGAAUUAGGUAGGUUGUGUGCAGAGAGGUUAACGCCAUGCUGCUUAUGAGGACACAAUGACUUUUCAGUUCAUUAACAAUGAACAGUUGCAAGACAGGUGUGAAGAGUCAUUAAACGGCAAUAUCAGAUAACCGGUUUGAUGCUAAUUUGAUGUGAUAUGAGGGAUAAAGCCCAGAUCGAGCAGCCAUGUCCCAGGUGGACCGUGAAUAAAAGCGUCGUCCUGUGGAGGGAGGCAUAAGGCCAGACAUGAAUGUUGUCUCAGCUGCUCUGUGUGAGAGCAGAAAGAGGAAGGGAGAACAGUCGCUAGGGCUAAAGAUAGCAACAAAGAGCUGUAAAUGUGCGCAUCGGAGCUCCGAGUUUUUAAUUUACUCUUAAAGAGGGGGGUAGCUCCUCUCCAUAUGCCACCAAAUCAGCUUGAGCAAACGGUAGCAGUGCACGAGCAACUCUGCAGGAGACUGACAGCCAAAACACCUGCCGGAGUGAUACAUGCUGCUCAUGCAGCUGAGUCAAACCUCUGCUUCCUCUCCCAGGUGAUAAUUUUAUCAUCCUGGCAGAUAUCCCCCGCUCAAUGUGGCCGUUCAUAGUAGAAGCAUAUUUUGCUUCUCUCUUUCUGCAAGUGUUGUGCAAUCAGAUAAAAAAAUUUUAAGAGGCAACCAUCAAUCAGAGUGCCAGCUCUUAGAAGGCCUGUCUAGACGCUCUCUUAUUUCUGCCACAUCACAGCAAGUGAUUAUGCAGUAUUUAUUUGAAAGCACACAUCAAGAGUCCCAGUGGAUACAUGUGGGACUGGCAGCAACUGAAACCAAAUCUUUGACACACGUCACGUCUGACAGUUUUUUCUUUCACUGCUUGAUGAGUGCGUGUACAAGCGUAUCAGCCAGCAUGAACAAAGCCAUGCUUCAUCUCCUGAUCAUCCCAUUGACUGUACUGAGAGUUGGUGUAGUGUUGAUGACAUUGUGAAGUUGCCCUCUCUUGACCAUUAGAGGGAAUGCAGUUAACAGGCACUUAAAGGUUUUAACAGCCAGUGGUUUAUGUCAAACAACAUCCUUGAAGCCACUGCUGUAGUGCAAAAACUGGUGUACCUCGCAUGUCCACUCUGGGUGAAACACAAACGCAAAGGACUCCCCAUUAGGCCCUGUUAAAAGGCCUAUUGAUAGAGUGGAUAAAAGCAGCUUGGUACUGAAUAUGAUUUUGUUGAGUAAAGCUGUUUUCACAGAGGGUGACUUUGCAAUGGUUUUGCAUAAAUGUGCAUAAUUAGGGGACAUGAUUGAUUUGAUUUGAUUGACAGGUGGGCGUGUUGUAGCUGUUCGCCCACCUCUUUACCUGAAGCUAGACCAGUCAAAAGUUAGGCUGUGACAUUAUUUCUAAUAUGGUGACUGCCACUGUUUGGCAUCAUACUGUCCAUAGUGAAAUAAAUGGUUGAUGUCACAGAGAUUACAUCCAUAUUUUAAACAGUCAAUGAUCUUUAUUGUCAUCCUCCAGCUCCCUUUGCCACUUAUACCUCCAUAUGUCCACAAGUUACUCUGCCAUGUGCCCCUUUUCUCUACUCUCUGCUGUCCUCUAACUGUGUGUGACCCUGCUGACCAGCCCUCCCUACCUCCGAUACCCUAGCAUUGAACCCUGCUGUUGGUAGUUCCUCGUCUCCACCCCACCCGCUCUCCUGCUCACAGCACUACUCUGAGCUGGCUAAUCUCUGUGAGCUUAAUGCGGAGCACUGAGAACUCCCCUCUCUCUUCCUCAAUCUAUCUAUUUCCCUCUUUAACUAGAUCCCAUCAAACAAAUGCGUGUGCACACACAGUCUUAAGACGUGCUGGUUUAGGUAGUCUCCUCUCUCAUGUUCAAAGCAUCUUACAUAAGCCCCUGGAUUGUGAGGACAUGUGAUCUCCUCGAGAGCAUGCCAACGGAGUGCCCGACACGGAUGCGCCCCAGUAACCUCAAUACCCCCUUCCCAUUUCCACCCCCUUCUCCCCUCAUCAUGCAGGGCAGCUGGGGAGAAGCUUGAUACUCACACAUGUUGGAGCGCUGAACUCAUGUAGAAACAACAAGGACACAUGGCGUGCCGAAGUCCCUCACCCUGCUCCUUACCGAUCCUCUCAGAUUUACAGCAAUACUCUCACCAAGACUCCACCCUCCCGCCUCUGUGGGGGCCACUUAAAACAAGGCUGCUGGACUACAUCUAAGAGAGGGUCAUGUUGCUUUGGGAUGGACCAUGUUGCUACGGUAGCAGCCUUACUGUUGAGUCAUCCAGCGCCAACAGACGUGGAUACCAGGCCUUAGAGACUGCAAGAAAACACUGGUCCACUCAGCAGAGAAUAGUAACAAAACUGGACAGUUGAAAAGAUAAAUAUACAUAUUUAAAUAUAUAUAUAUAUAAAGCUAAGAGUCCUCAGAUCUGAAUAAAGUUGUAUUUAACUGUGGGUCAUGCAGUGGAGGUCGUCUGUUUUACCUUUCUGUUCCUCAUGGUUUUUGUUUCUCUAUGUCAUGUGGAUGAUAUACUGUAUGGAUGAUAUGAUGGCAUUUACUGUGGUUUUCAACAUCUAAAAAUCAAUAAAGUACCAGAAAAAGUACUUAAACCACUUCAGUCACAGAGGUAUGGACUCAAAUCUUAUAUGUGAUUGUGCUUCAUGUAUAGGAAGAGUGUCAACAAUGCUCAAGACUCUAUUUUAUUCCCAUAUUUGCAUACCCAUACUGUGUGCGCCGACGGCAAAGAAAAGAUGUGACAGUUUUCGUUUUUUUUUUUUUUUUUUUUUUUUUUUUUGUGCCCAGGGCUUUGGCAGAUAUACAUGCAGAGAAGGAAGAAACAGAGGGAAGAAAAGAGAAGCAGAGAGGAAAAUGGGGUUGAAAGAGAGAAGAGGAAGGAAAUGUUUCAACUGGAAAUGAUGCUUGAACACAACUCCAUUCCCUAAUUAGCCUCCUCUCUCUUUUCUCCCCCCUCCUCUUCCUCUCCUCACUUUUCUUUGUUGUUCGUCUCAGCGCUCCCCGUUCAUUUAAGGAUGUAACUGACAUUAAAUUCAUUUUACUUCUUAAUUAAAUCCCAGACAACUGUUAACGAGGGGAUGGGUUCAAACAUUCAGCUCACAACAUGCCUUUAAAUAAGAUCGAUUACGGCAUGGCUGGAGGCAAAGCCAGCCCCCACCUUUCAUGCCCCUUGUUCCCAUAAAAGUGCUUCUUGCCUGGGGAUAACCUUGCCAGGGAUGAUGAAAGGGAGGCAAAUAAGUCAACACGGAGACAGAAGAAUAGAAAUCUAAUUUGGAAGAAAGCCGGAUUGAGGUUAAUAUGAAAUCUGGGAGAGCAGCUGAGAGGGUCAAACACGCACACAGGCGCAUAGGCGUUCACUGAGGGUGCAAACUGCAGGCAGCAAUCAUUGAUAACAGACAUAAGGGUUUACAAGAAGUACAGAAUAAUUUUUGUUGUCCAGGAAAAGAAAACAAUUUGAGAGUGUGAACUUCUCCGAGAGGAAAGGGCAUUGCAGUAUGAGUAAUGGGAAGCUGGACGAUAGUCAAUUGAGAAAAUAACUAGUCAUGGCACGAGGAGGCGGGAGAAGGCGUGUGAAGCUUAAAAUGAUAAAUAGACACACCGAAAAAUAACCUUGAGGUAUGAAAGCGUGUGUCUGUGAAAACUGGAGACAAGGGGAAUGAGCAAAGACAGACUGCUCUCUCACACUUUGUUUCCAAUAAAGAGUUAGCAGGUUUGCAUUUUCAUCCUCAGCAAUAAUUGUGUCAUUUCCUUGCACGGCAUGUUAAAGCUCCAAGUGUUGUAGUGCUGCGGCAGAGGAUAUUGCACCCUGCAACAUCAUACCCCUCACUAACAGUGGUAAAAAAAGUCAAAAGCUUCAAUCUCCGUGCUCUCAUUUCUUCACACUUUGAAAUCAUAAAGUGAGGAUUAGAAGGUGUACCAGUUUGAUGAGAUUCAAAAGCAAAGACAGAGAAAUAAAAGAGAGAUACCAAGGUCUUAUUAAAAAGCUGAUUUCGUCAGUCAUCUGGAACUAACACGAUACAGGUUGUUCCCUGAUGCCAAACAAAAUCUGUAACCAUGCAAUCAGGAUAAUCUUCCAGGUAUAAUUCUGUUUUUUAAUCUACUUUUGUCAAGAAUUUCUCAAUUUGGAUAACUUCUGUGCUCCCUGAGCUCUUUUUAUUUCUAAUUUGCAAGUGGGAUCAGCCCACAAACUCAACAUCCAUUAACAAGACCAAAAGUUAAACUAGAUGAGACUAAAGCAUUGUCUGUUUUCAAGAGUUUUAUUCACAAUGAAAAAUUAAAGACUUGAGCUAGGGUGAGAUAAGUAAGGGUCGAGGUGGGAGAGAAUGAGGGAAGGAUGAUUAUCGGUGUAGGUAAACAUGGCCAGGACGCUAAGAGAGACACUCACGGUCUCAAAGUUCAGUCUUUUUGAUAAAAAACACAAUCCAGUAUGUGUCUUUACUUCAUAGUAUAUCAUUGUUUCCUUUAAUGCAUACUUUUGACACAAUGAGGGAGGACAUUCAAAAAAAUGCAGCACUGCCAGACCCAUCCAGGAGUCCCAUGAUGCUCUGUGCAGCGAGGUGCAUGUUUGCAAUACACAGUGAAUGGGGUGAAUUUUCUGUCGCUUGAAGAUGCAUUUGGUCUGCCAGCACCGUAGGUACAGAGGUAAAGUAAUGAAGCAACAAAGAGGUGGAGACUCAGGGCAGGGAUACGUCUUGGCUCACUUCUGGUUUAUGAUUAGCUGCAUGAGGUUUAAUUAGUUUCAAAGGCGUGGUCCUGUUCUUGAACUUACUAGCUUCAUGAAAAUGCCAUUGGUUUGGGGUUUCUGAGAUCCUAUUUUUAACUGAGACUGCAGAGAUACAACAAGCAAAAUGCUGGACUAUACCAACUGUACAGGUAAUAAACAAUUCCAGCACCUCUUAGGGAAGAUAAGCACUGUCAGUGUUGGUGGUCAGAUCAGCUCUGGGUCCUGUCAAAAACGCCAAUCUAUAUGAUUGGCUAUAUGUUUUAUUGAUGACGUCUUACACUGUGAUCGGCUGUUUGACAGAAAUAUUGUUUGUUCGGAAGUUUCAGAGUGUAAUUCCUGUGGGUG